AUGGCCAGUGAAUCUACCAUAACUUCCAACCUCCACUGGAUUUCCCAGAUGGACGUUGAUGUUGAGCCCACUGCUGGACUCUUUGCCACCAACGCAAAUAGUACCAAGUCGCCGGAACAACGUGUUUUGACGUCUGCGGUCUACUUCAUAGGUCCCAAAACCAACAGCGUUGAAAUGAUCACGCAAUUGCGCAAUGCUGGCCUCAACAUUGUUCGCAUGAACUUCUCUCAUGGUUCUUAUGAAUAUCACCAAUCUGUCAUCGAUAACACGCGCAAGAGCGUCGAACUCUAUCCUGGCCGCCCUAUCGCUAUUGCCUUGGAUACUAAGGGACCUGAGAUUAGAACUGGCAAUAUGAAGGAUGACAUUGAAAUUCCUAUCAAGGCUGGUCACGAAAUGCUCUUGAGCACCGAUGACCAAUACUUUGACAGCUGUGAUGAUAAGGUCAUGUAUGUUGACUACAAGAACAUCACCAAGGUGAUUGAGGUGGGAAAGAUCGUCUACGUUGACGACGGUGUCUUGUCAUUUGAGGUGCUUGAAGUUCAAGAGAACGCGUUGAAGGUCCGUGCUAUCAACAAUGGUAAACUAUGCUCCAAGAAGGGUGUCAACUUGCCCCGUACAGCCGUCGAUCUCCCUGCCCUUUCUGAAAAGGACAAGUCUGACUUACGAUUUGGUGUGAAGAACGGUGUGGACAUGGUCUUUGCCUCUUUCAUUCGACGUGGUCAAGACAUUCUUGACAUCCGUGAGGUUCUCGGUAACGAAGGUCGCAAUAUCAAGAUCAUCGCCAAAAUCGAAAAUCACCAAGGUGUUCAAAACUUUGAUGAAAUUCUUGGCGAGACAGAUGGCGUCAUGAUUGCUCGUGGUGAUAUGGGUAUUGAGAUCCCAUGCGAAAGAGUUUUCAUUGCACAAAAGAUGAUGAUCGCAAAGUGUAAUCUUGCUGGAAAGCCAGUCAUCUGUGCCACGCAAAUGCUUGAGUCCAUGACCUAUAACCCUCGCCCGACCCGUGCAGAAGUGUCUGACGUCGCUAACGCCAUUUUGGAUGGAGCAGACUGUGUCAUGUUGUCUGGCGAAACAGCCAAAGGCAACUAUCCUAUUGAGGCGGUGAAAACCAUGCACACCACCUGUGUUCUUGCCGAAUCUGUCCUGUGUUACCCGCCACUGUUCGAUGAAUUGAGAGCCCUUACACCCCGUCCCACCGAGACAACUGAAACAGUGGCAUCAUCGGCUGUCAGCGCUGCUCAUGAACAAAAUGCUGGAGCCAUUAUCGUCUUGACCACCAGUGGAAAUACAUCUCGUUUGGUUUCCAAAUACCGACCUAGAGUCCCCAUCAUUACCAUCACGCGUAACCCACAGACCGCUCGUCAAGUUCACUUGUAUCGCGGAUGUUUCCCCUUCUUGUAUCCUAAGCCUUCCUCUGCCAGCGCUGCCAGAUCUGCCGUGUCUAACACACCUUAUUUGAGUCCUGCUGAGACUGCACCAUGGCAAGAGGACGUUGACCAACGUCUUUCAUGGGGCAUGGAACAAGCUAUCAAGUAUGGACUUUUGAAGAGCGGAGACCCUGUUGUUGCUGUUCAAGGCUGGAAGGGAGGUCUUGGAAAUACAAACACUCUUCGCAUCUUGAUUACCCCGUAA